AUGACGGAAGCACCAAACGUUGAUUACCUUUGUACUCGUUUUAGGGAGAUGUCAGAGCAACGUGAUCGUCUCUUUAUGGAAAGAGGAAAAACUUGGCCACGUAGUGAAGAUCAAUCUUGUUAUGUGAAUGUCAUUACGGGAUCUUCUGAAUAUAAUAACUAUAGAAGAAGUCCACAACGCAGUUAUCAACGUCAAAGUAGUGUCAAACGUUCUGUCACAACUCCUGUUAGACGUCGUACGGAUAAUUAUAAAAGAAAUAUAUUGGAUGAUGAAGAUCGUAUUCCAUUUGCUGCGAGACCCAGUCGUUCUGCUAGUAGAAAUUAUUCCAGGAAUGAAAAUCGAAUAAAUAGGAUAGAACGUAGACCAACUCUCCGUUGGAUAGCUGAUGAUGGUAUGGAAGAGAAUCAAAGCAAAACAGUAAAUUUUAAUUUUCGUGAAGAGUCUGAACCUCAGAUUCGUAGAAAUUCUAUGCCUUCUUUUAUUGUUGCAAACAAGCGUCCAAGUCCUCUCCUCAUGGCUCUUGUAAAUGACAUUGCGAAUCGUCGAGGAGCACGGAGUCCACCAAUACCACAAGAAGUUAUUAUAGCCUUUGAAACUCAUGUAGCUCAUGGAGCAUUUAUGCUAAAGUUUGUUUCUAACGGUGCCCCACAUGAACGUUUUUUUGUUGUAAAGUUUUUGGAUCGUAAAAGUACAUUUGCCGAACCCGAACCAGCACUUUGUUGGUAUCGUAGUGCCAAGAGUUGGACAAUGCAACGGUACUUGCCUCUAGCAGAUCUUAUCGGUGUAAUUGACGGUGGUGAAAAUCAUCCUGCUGUAAAGAGGCGUAUGGUGCAAGCAGGAUUUAUUAAAGGAUCUUAUGUAGACUUAAAACCCACCUAUUUGCGUGCUGAUUAUAUUGUACAGUGGCAUUUUCGCUCUUCCGGAGAUGAUGAAGAGAUUCUGGCCGUAAAAAUGCUGGACAGAGAGUCUUAUGUUUCUUGGUCGAUUGUGAUGCACUUCUUUAGUAGUAUUGGUUCUGUUUUAGCUGUAGGAACUUAA